AGGAUUCAAUCUCAAUGAGUAUUUUCAAAAGCAUAUUGCUAUAUAUUCCUUGUAUCUCUCUGUAUGUAGUUCACUUAGGAAGAACUGUUAUUUCUCUGAAGUUACUAAUUUAUUGUUGCUUUGUCUCUAUUUAGUUUGUUCACCACCAAUUAGAGGAGGCUUCUGGCCCCUGGGAAUUUGCAUGAUGCAGUGCCCUCAUAUUUGGAUAUUUAACCAGCUCUGAUUCUUGCUUCUUUUGGUGCUCAUCUUGGAAAUUCAUCAUGGAAAAAAUGGGAAAAAACCUUGGGCCAUUUCCAAAAGCCUUGGUCCUGGUUCCUCCAAAAAACAUUUCUUACCAGACCCAAUCAGUGCUGAUACCAUGUCCACCACAUCGGAUUGCACCAUUGUCAGUAUUUGGUGAAUCUGACCAUAAGACUGAGGCUAAGCGGUUGGUUUGCUUAAAACAACAAGUCGUCACACGCAAGCCCAAUUCUCAUCACCAGGAUGUAUCCCCAGAAUUAUCUGAGACUUACAAUCAGGAUAAAGCUUUGUCUAGCAAGAAUACGGAGAACUCAGAAAAAUUAUGCCCACAAAACUACUCUGAAAACAACUUGGGCUUAUUCUUCAGGAAUAAAAUGCCAUACACUUUUAGAGCUCCACACGCUAAACGUCACAAGAUCAAGAUCUCCACAUCCAUAAAGUCUGGCGGCACUAAGGACCAGGUCACAGAAGAACCAAAAAAUGCCAGUCACAAGGCUACAACUGGGCCAAAUCCCAGUGCCUCGGGGGCAGAGAAGGCAGCACCCCAAGUACACAGCAAAAAAACCAACAAGGGCACCAUUAAAAGAGCACGCGGUCCUGAUCCUUGCUCCAAAGACACAUCUAGUAGUAAGAAUAAGCAAUUAGUUCAGAUUCCAGUAGGUAGUCGCCAAAUUUGGGAGGAAUUAUGUCACCAGGGUAAAGAUCAUUUAGGCUCAAACAAGCAAGCCAGAUUCGAAGUUAUUUGCCCACAUCAUACUAGAAUUCAUUUCAUCCCUGAUGACCAGACCACAUAUAUACUCAAAAGACACCUAAAGGUACCAUCAUCAGUCCCUGAAAAUGAAGCACAAAAACAAUGGGAAAAUUUUUCUCAUGAUUAUAAGCACCAAAUCAUUCCAGUGUACCAUCAACAGCAGGCACAGGCAGCUCUGGACUUUGUCUCUAGGACCUUAGUACCACUCUACCAAAGAGCUAUAAAAUGUGAGGAAUCCAUAAACAAGGCUAUAAGAAGACAAUUAAAUAAAAACAACUGGGAGAACUUUUUCCAGUGCCAUGAUCACCAUCUUGCAAUUCCGCUGUGUCGUCAAAAUCAGGCACGAGCCGCCUUGGACCUUUUCUCUGAGGUUUCACUUCCACGAAACCACAUACACCUAAAAUCUGCAGGACCCCGCUUUGUGAGAAAGUCUGCUAAAAAGUUAAACAAGAGAAGCUGGACAAAAUGUCCUUGUGACUACGAUCACCAUGUCACAAUUCCACUGUGUCACCUGCACCAGGUUCAGGACCUCAUCCCAAGGAUAUUACUCCCACCAGACCACAUACACACAAAAUAUGAGGCGCCCUUGAACAUGAUCUUUGAGUGUCAAAGAAAAUGUCAUCCCUUUACCAGGCCUCUGCCUGGUCCUCUCUAUUCAUCCAGGCCUCUGCUGAUAAAGGCUCUACCCAUCCCUGAUUGUUGGACCCCAGAGACUCUACCGAUUUCUGAGCGUCACUCAAAGACUCCAUUUCAUCUCAGUAUCCAAGACAUACCAGCACCUCAAAAACUUACUUUAAAUUUAACCAAGGUUCCAAAAUGCCAUCACUAUCAGGCUAAGUCUUCACGAGUCUCUGACUACCAACCUGGGUACCAAUACAAGAUCCAGCCUGAGCAGAGUAGAGGCAGAGCCAGAUCCUGCCUCCCGGCCUCCUGUGAAACGCAAGGUUACUUGGCUUGAUCUCAUCCAUGGCAAAUCUGACCAGCCAAAGGAGAAGAAGACCUAUCCAAGUCAAAAGCCAUUUUGGAAAGAGAGACCUUUCUCAAACAAGAACGCCCAAGAAGAGACAUCAAGGAGGCAAAAGAUAUGUUCCAUGUCUUUGUUAGAUAAAUUUGAAAGUAGGAUAAACAGUUAAAAUACAAUCUUUUCUUUUGUAUAUCAA